AUGUUGAUGAAAAUAAAAUGUUUCAAUUUGAUUCUAUUUGUUGCAUUAUUUGGUGUCGUUAUAAAUGAUUUAUCGACUGAAUGGAAUGAAUUUAAACGUAAAUAUAAUAAACAAUAUGCUAAUAUUAACGAAGAAAAUGAACGUCAACAAAUAUUUAUUGAAAAUAUUAAUGAAAUGUAUUCUUAUCAACAAAAUCAUCCAUAUGCAACUUUUACCUUAGGAAUUAAUCAUUUAUUUGAUCGACGUAGACAAGAACUUACCUCUAUAACACCAAAGAAUCCAUUAAAAUCUCGUGUACCAUCUUCUUUUAAAAGUUCUAUUGAAAGAAAAGAUUUACCUAAAUCACUUGAUUGGCGUGAUAAAAAAGUGAUUACUGAAGUCUAUCAUGGUGAACUUGGAGUAAUUGUUACUGCUAUUGUUAGUACAGAACUUGUUGAAAGUCUUCAUGCAAUUGAAACUGGUGAACUUAUUGAUGGAAGUAUACCACAAGUUUUUGAUUGUUGUCCGCAACCUAUUGAUGCUUUUGAUUGUAUUCAAAAUAUGAGUGGAGUUUGUCGAAAGAUUGAUUAUCCUGAAAAACUUGGACGAUGUGAACCAAAUAUAUGUAAACCAUUUGCUACGUUUGAUAUAAUUAAGAGAAUGAAUGAAACUGACGAAAAUCAAAUGUUAGAAUGGAUUCAAGAUUCUACUCUAUGGGCAGAAAUAAAUGCAGAUGGAAAAGGUUUUUCUUCAUAUAAAGGAGGUAUUUAUGACGAACCAUCAUGUACAGAAGGUUUUUUAGAUAAUAUUGUACAAAUUAUUGGAUAUGGUAGUGAAAAUGGAAAACCAUAUUGGUUGGGAAGAACUCAUUGGGGUGAAAAUUGGGGUGAAAAAGGUUAUUUUCGAAUGGCACGUGGUAAAAAUAUGUGUAGAAUUGCUGAAGUUGUCAUACAAAUUGCUAAUACAAAGAAAAAUGGUUCUAUUCAACAAUACAAUAAUAUUUCCGUUUAUUUUAUCUUUUUCUUAACAAUAAUUAUUUAUUUAAUGAAAAAUAUAUAA